GUGUUCUUCCAACUUUGCUUGCCGAGUGCUCGAUCUCGAUCUCGAUCUCGAUCUCGAUCCCGAGCUUAGGGUUUUGCUAUCUGCGAUCGACAUGGAUGCCUUGGACUCCGCAGUCGAUCCCUUGAGGGAGUUCGCCAAGGACAGCGUCCGCCUCGUCAAGCGCUGCCACAAGCCCGAUCGCAAGGAGUUCUCGAAGGUGGCGGUCCGCACGGCGAUCGGGUUCGUGGUGAUGGGAUUCGUCGGGUUCUUCGUCAAGCUGAUCUUUAUCCCGAUCAACAACAUCAUUGUCGGCUCCGGUUAGGAGCUUAAGUGGCCCGAGGGGUUGCGUGCUGUUGGACGAGGAAAAUGUAUUUGCCAUCCUAUUGGUUUCCCCUGCUCCAGCAUUUUUGGUGUCACUGUGAAGAAAACUUGGUACUUGACUUCCAUGUAUGAUCCAUAACCUGUUACAUGGACCUUCUCUGUCUGGAGAGCUAUAGAUCCAGGUUCUGGUAUCUGAUACGUCCAAUGUAGUGGUAGCAUUUGUUUGUCAUAGUUGCCACAUUUUGUUUGCAUGGCUAUCAUCUGCAAAAUGUGGGGGCGUUAAACUAAAAUUCUUCAAGUGAUGCGUGGAAUAUUCCUCUCUAAUCUUAA